AUGCUUCCGCUCCAGCAGCAGCAGAUGCAAAUGAUGCCCCAGGCCCACGCCCACGCUGCUCAAGCUCAAGCCCACGCUCAAGCUCAGGCUCAGGCUCAAGCUCAGGCCCACGCCCAUGCCCACGCCCAGAACCAGGCUCUUGCAGCUCAGCAACAGCAGCAACAGCAGCAGCACCAACAACAACUGCAGCUGCUGCAGCCUCCCCAACAACAGGCUCAGCCGCUCCAGAAUGGUGAACGUUCCAUUCUUUCCGAAACAACUUCCCAAACCUGGCUUGCCGUUGGUUCCUUGGCUGAAUCGCUCGGUGACUUGGAGAAAGCUCUGCUGGCUUAUGAUGCUGCCUUGAGACAUAACCCCAACAAUCCAGAGGGUCUUAUUCGUAUGGCUAACAUUUACAGAUCUAGAGACCAUUUCUUGAAGGCUGCUGAGCUUUACGAGCAGGCUCUUUCGUUUAACAACGAGAAUGGUGACACUUGGGGUCUUUUGGGUCACUGUUACCUUAUGAUGGACGACUUGCAGCGUGCUUACGCCGCCUACCAAAGAGCUCUCUACUUCUUGGACAAUCCUAACGUUCCUAAGUUGUGGCACGGUAUUGGUAUCUUGUAUGACCGUUACGGUUCUUUGGAGUAUGCCGAAGAGGCCUUUGUUCGUGUGUUGGACUUGGAUCCAAACUUCGACAAGUCCAAUGAGAUUUACUUCCGUCUCGGUAUUAUUUAUAAGCACCAAGGUAUGCUUCCUUCUGCUUUGGAGUGUUUCCAAUACAUCUUGUCCAACCCCCCUCAUCCAUUGACACAACCUGAUGUCUGGUUCCAGAUCGGUUCGGUUCUUGAACAGCAGAAGAACUGGAAUGGUGCUAAAGAAGCUUACGAGAAGGUCUUGGAAGUCAACCCUAACCAUGCUAAGGUCUUGCAACAAUUGGGUUGCUUGUACUCUCAAGCCGAGUCUGCAACCUCUCCCGGUGAACAGGCACAGGGUGCCCAGGGCCAACAGCCUUUCCAGCAAGAUCUCAAUAUUGCUCUCAAGUACCUUACUCAGUCUAUUGAAAUUGAUGCUGGUGAUGCUCACUCGUGGUAUUACUUGGGCCGUGUCCACAUGAUUCGUGGUGACUUCAAUGCUGCCUACGAGGCUUUCCAACAGGCUGUUAACCGUGAUGCUAGAAACCCAACCUUCUGGUGCUCCAUUGGUGUUCUUUAUUACCAGAUCUCCCAAUACCGUGAUGCUCUUGAUGCAUACACGAGGGCAAUCCGUUUGAACCCAUACAUCUCCGAAGUUUGGUACGACUUGGGUACCUUGUAUGAGACUUGCAACAACCAAAUCAGCGACGCCUUAGAUGCUUAUCGCCAGGCCGAGCGUUUGGAUCCUGGCAAUCCUCAUAUCAAGGCUCGUUUGGAGCAGUUGAUCAAGUAUCAGCAAGAUGGAAACACCCAUCCUCCUCAGCCUCCACCAGUGAACCAACAACCUCGUUUACCGCAAGGUAUGGUUUUGGAGAGCACGCAACCUCAACAGCCUCAGCAGCCUCCUGCUCCUCAGCAGUUCUCUCAAGGACCACCUCCACCACCUCCUCAGCUCCUGCAAGGCCAACGUCCUCCACAGCAACCGGUAGGAUUCCCUGGUCAGGGUAUUCAGCCACAUCACCAGGCUCCUCCACAGCAGCAACAACCCCAACAACCACAACCCCAACAGCAACAGCACCAACAACAGCAACUGCCGUAUCAGGUUGGUAGACCUCAACUCGGAUCGCAGCCUCCUCAUCUCCAACAGUCAGGCCAGCCGCUUCCGCAUCAACAGCUUCCUCAACCGCAAGCUCCUCAAGGCGCUCCUCAAUUUCCCGGACAUCAAAGUAACCCUUCACUGCAAAUAGCUACGCCACAGCAUCAGCCCCAACCGUUAAAUCAGCUUCCUCCUGUUAGCGGAGUGGGCGAGCAUGCUGGACAACAUGUUGGAUCUUCCACCCAAUCUCCUGCUUCUGCUGCGACGCUUCCUCCAGUUCAAUCCCGUCAAGAUACUAGAGAACAGACUCCAGCUCAUCCAUCUGCCGAGUCGAGAACAGGUGAGCAGACUGCUUCGGAGCCAUCAAAACAGGCUACUCCAAUGGAUGUUGAGAAUUCUGCAGCACCAGCUCCAACUGAGACUAAUGGAUCCCUCAAACACGAUCUAGAAGAGAAAGCUGAUGAUAAAACAUUGAAGAAGCCUUCUGUUUCCAAGGGCAACACUCCACAGCCCAAUGACGCUAAUAGCCAACAAAACGGUGCUCCAGCUAGUGCGCGUCCGGAACAAGCAAGAGAGCCAGAGAAGCCUUCUGAACCAGUUGCUGCAACGAAACCUCCAGGCCCAGCUUCUGCGCCAGGUCCCGGAGUUAAUCCUCAACCUAUAGUGACUGGGGAGACGUCUUCAAGUAACUCUACUGCUCCUCCCAAGUUUUCUAGCGCCGUGACGGAAAACGAAAAGAAGGAAGAAAACGAAAAAGACAAUGAGAACGAUGAAGAGGAUGAAGAAAAAAAGAAUGAGCCUGUUGAGCCACCUUUGCGUAAGGUGGAAGAAGACGAAAACUACGAUGACGAGUAA